AUGGGGUCCUGCCUCCCUGAGAGGCGCGCUGCCCAUGGCGCGGCGGCUCGUGGCUCCCCGGGGAGCCGGCCAGAGCACCGCCCACCGGGGGAGGAUGUAACAGGGAGAGGCCGGGCUCGCGCCCCCUCGCUCUGUGACGCGCCAGCCCUGCCUACGCAGCGCACCGGGGCUGGCCCCCCGCAAGCCGCCCGGCCGGCUCGCGGAGCCCCGGGGAGGCGGCAGGCACAAGGGCAGGGCGGCUUAAGUUGUGCAACGCAGCAAGAGAGAGAAAGGAGCGGGGGUGCGGAGCCAGGGGCGCGCCGCCCGCAGCACACGGGACCCGCCGCACGGGGCGCCCCCCGCCCCGGGGCAGCAAGAGGUUGCCGGGGCGGGGGGGGAACACACCCGCCCCCUCCCCCAGCAGCUGUUUACCUGGGGAAACCCCGCAGGCGCACCCGACAGGGCGGGGACCGGCGGAGAUCGGGCUGGAGACGCGUCAGGAGCCGCCCAUCCCCCCCCCGAUCCCGUCAACUUCCGGCCGACCCUACAAUAAACAAGCGGCGCGGCCCCGGGCCCGCUCACCUGCGCGCGGUGCCGCCGUACGUGGGUCAGACGCGCCAGGCUCUGGCCCGUCACGCGGAGGACGAUGGCGCAGGGGGAGGCGGAGGAUUUCAAACCCGGCAGUUUCGUUUUCCCGGCUCUGAUUCGCUCGCCCGGCCGCCGCAGCGGCGCGGGCGCCGGCCCUUCCCCGCGGGGCACGCUGGGAACUGUGGUUCCCCCGGAGACCCUGGCGAGGUUCGCCGCGCGCUCGGAAAGACUACGAGUCCCGUGGUGCCCCGCGCGGGGGCUCGCUGUGCCGCGAGGCGUACCGGGAAUUGGAGUUCCACAAAAGAAGACCGAGGCCUUGCAGUGGGGGAGCUGAGCGUGGGGACUGUGGUUCCCAGGGUGCCUCGCGCACCGCUAGGCUCUCAAAGAGGUGUUGGGGGCGCAGAUUUCCCCCAGGAGUACACGUGUCAAAGAAAUUGCUAUGCCCAAUACACUGACAAAGGCAAAAUCCAAAGGUUAUAGAAAGCAAGACCAUCUCAACUGAUGUAUCACGUGUGGCAAGCUCUAGUGAUCCCAGUAAAGACACCAGUGUCUGCAAAAGAAGACAGUUCUGUGAAAUAUAUGGACUGGAGAUGCUGCGUGUUCAAGAAAUUCCCGCAAGAGAACUUUGUUUUCAAGAGAUCAUGUGAGAAGUUAAAACAAGUGGACCCUGAUCAGAGCCCAAGAGUGGCUUAAUAGCAUAGGAAAGAAAGGAGGUGGAACUGAAGUCAUCACCAAGACUCUCUCAGCACUCAGCAGAUCGGCCUUGUCUUACAACUAGAGAGCCCAUAUUGCAGCAGACACCAGAACCAUGUUUCAUCUUGGCUUGGAUAACCAGCUUAUUCACAGUGAGUCAAGAAAGGCCAGGAAGCAACGUGACAAUAAAGAGGGGAUGCCCUUUUACAAACCCUUCAAAGGGUUAAUGUUUUCUCUGGGGAUGUACCACCCACUUCAUUGCAAAAUAUUGCAACAAAAGAUCUGGCUGCUGAAGCCAUACAAGACACAAUGUUGAAUGUAAAUAUCCUGGGAAAAGUGCAAUUGGACAAUUUUAUGGAGAAACAGCUUAUGACACAUACUUGUGGUCAUCAGAAGCUGUACUACCAACAGGUGGUGCUCUUUUCUUCCACAUAGAGAGAGCUCAUUAGUAGGCACGAGUUUGGAGACAGGUCCACUGUCCAAAUUCAGUACUUCCUCUUCCAAAUACAAUGUUUUGGAAACAAGAGAACAAAGGUCUGUUGCCAUAGCUCACGUCAUUGCCACCAAUACCAGCAGACUGCAUGGAGGCAGUAUUCUGUGGCUGCACAGGGUGCAGAAAUCAGCAAUGCAGCUACAAAACAUCAUGACUUAUUUGUAUAGAAGCAUGCAAAUGUAGAGCACUGGAACAAAGUUGUGUCGAUGUACCUGUACCUUAGUGCUUAAGGACACUAUUAUCAAAUAGGUAAUGUGUCACAGUAAGUGACCAAAUAAGAUAUUUUUAAUUCAAUCUGCCACUGUGUUCCAGGGUUUCUUGAAAUAGUACAACAUUAACAUGUGCUUAACUUGUGUGCAUUAAAAUGUUAACUCAGUGUUUAGUUUUUAAAAUAAGUGAAAAUAUUUUCUUCACAAUUAUUUUCAGAUUGUGUUGUAUUUCUGAGAGAAAAUCAAUUUGUAUACUUUUAUUUCAAGUUGCUUAUGCUCAAGUUAUAAAAGCCAGCUAAACGUGCUCUUUCACGAUUGUAUAACAUAUUAAAAUAUUUCUGAUACCUCUUGCAAAUAAGAAAUUGAAAUUCAAUAGCUUUAUAAAAAAGUUGUGCAUAUUUUUGAUUACUUUUACUAUGGUCCUACAGCCCAUUAAGAUCCAACUUUGUUCUCUUUUUAGAUGCCUUUAUACACAACGUACAGCUUUCUAACAACCGUAUUUGGAUUCAGCACACCCUAAUUAUCUUAAAAAGACUUGUUACCAACUUUAAACAAAUAAUGUUUGUAAUGGGGUCAGUCAGGAUAAGUUGAGGCCCCUCAAGAGACUAUCCCAAGGGGCAGUGACAUGCCUUUUACAGUUAACUUUUCUGAAAAUCUUA